AUGAUGGAGAAGCUGAAGGACGCGCAAAACCUCGUGAAGACCGAGACGGCCAGGCUGCAGGCAGAACUCGCACAGACGGAAUUUGAGGGCUUCUCCAAGGACGAGACCGUGCGUGUGGUGGUGUCUGGCAACCAGCAGCCCAAGGCAGUGGAGAUCACGCAGGAGGCAUACAAGGACGGCCCUGAGGCCCUCUCCCAGGCGGUGCUGGAGGCGGCGCAGGAGGCCCACGCCACCAGCGUCAAGGGCAUGCAGGAGAAGAUGGCGGGGCUGGCCAAGUCCCUCGGCCUGCCCUCGCCCUGA